AAGGCUCUAUAAAUAGCUGGACUUACCACAGUCGAAGCCAACAAAACAUAAGCAAUUCACAUUCUCUGCUUCAUCAUUCCCAUACCCAGAAAACAAACUACACUUUCUUUCUUUUUUCUUUUUUGUCUGAAUACUUCACGACAAGAAGCCAACACUAUGAAGCAAAAGGUGGUGAUCAGAGUUUCCUUGAAUGGCGAAAAGUCUCGCUCUAAAGCCCUGAAGAUUGCAGUCAGCGUUUCAGGAGUCGAAUCAGCUGCUUUAGGAGGAGGGCAAGACAAGAGCCAAAUAGAGGUGGUAGGAGAUGUCGACCCUGUAAAGCUAACAACUCAGCUGAGAAAGAGCGUUGGGCACGCAGAGCUGCUGAGUCUACUCUUUUUCCCUCCUCUCUUCUCCUCAGCACUGCAUCCUUCUCCUUACCAUUGUCAUCACCGCCGCCGCUGUAUCCGUGGCUGUCGCGUGUUCCCGUCGCCUCACCAUCGCUGUUGCUACUGCUUUUUCUACUGCCGUAACUAUGUCGCCAUUGCCGGAGCCGCCACUGCCAUUGCCACUCACCGUCGCUGCAGCCACGCCACCCCAUCAAAGCUCUCUCUUAUUUGUUUGCUUCAAGCCAAGACCAUGACAAAGAAGAAGAUGGUGAUCAAAGUAUUCAUGAACGGUAACAGCAAGACUCGCUCCAAGGCCCUGCAAAUUGCAGUUACCACUAAUGGAGUGCAAUCUGCAGCUCUAGGAGAGAAGGAUAAGGACCAGCUAGAGGUGGUAGGAGAAGGAGUGGAUGCAGUGAAACUCAUAGCUUCAUUGAGAAAGAAGUUGGCGAAAUGGCCUUGCUUGACUUAUAUUUUGCCAAAAACUCAAGUGCACGCAGAGCUUCUAAACAUGAAGGACGUAGAGGAGAAAAAGUAAGAAAAGGAAGCGGAGACUAAACCAGUGGCUCCUUCUGCCGACAAUUAUAUCUACCACCACAAUCCCAACCCUUUCUGCAUAUACAUAUAGCUUGCUUUUAUUUACUUUGUUUAUGCUUCUUGCUUGAUUUUUAUCAUUAAGGGAAUCAAUUAUUUUUGAAUUAUACUUCAAACAGCAAUGUUAAGCAAAUCGAUAUUUGCUAAUCAUGAUU